GACUCCCUCCCUGCGUCCUCCCGCCGGAUCUUGACGGCGACCGCACAAUCAGGGCCAGGGCAGCUACUUCAUGCCGUUACCCACACGCUACUUCUAACUUCCUCCCUCAUCGCAGGCCCCCCACCCAAGAGCCCAACACCCAACCAUCAUCAUCAUCUCCUCCUCCUCGCCGUCGCGCGCGCGCGCACAUGCAGGAGGGAGGAGGCGUGAGCUGCGCGGUCGCCGGAGAGGCGCCGACGCCGGCGAGCCACUGCGCCGGGCUUCUGGGCCUCACCAUCAACCCGCCGGGCGGUGAGCCUCCGGCGGAGCGCAUCGGGCGGCUGGUCCGCGAGAGCCCCGUGGUCAUCUUCGCGCGGCGCGGCUGCUGCAUGUGCCACGUCAUGCGCCGCCUCCUGGCCGCCGUCGGCGCGCACGCCACCGUCAUCGAGCUCGACGAGGCCGCCGAGGAGGCCGCCGCGUCCGCCGCCGCCGCUGCCACCGUGCCGGCGCUCUUCGUCGGCGGCUUGCCGGUGGGCGGGCUCGACGGCCUCAUGGGGCUUCACCUCAGCGGCCACCUCGUCCCACGCCUCAGGGAGGUGGGCGCCCUCUGUGGCUAGCCUGCCCUUGCCUUGCCGUCCGGCAGGUCACGUGUGCGCCCCGUCGUCCCGUUCUGUCCCCCUUCCUUAUUUGCUGUAGAUAGACUAUAGUUACCGUAAUUUAGUUCAAAGCGAGGGAGUCUGAUGCGAAAGUGACGGUGAAUAAGUUGUUGUGGUGUCUGGCGGGACAGCGGAGCUGGGUUGUGAUAGUAAGAUAAAGUUGAGGGUCUGUGCGAUAUAAGUCUGGGUCGAAAUGUAAUUAAUAUUACUUGGAGUUUUACAACCAAUAUCUCUCUCCUUCUUGGUUAGUCUGCAGCAGCGCUUUUUUAAUAGCAAAUAUGUCGUCUUUUGCGUUC